AUGGUGAUGGGUUUUGGAAGAGCAAGGUUCCGUCAAAGUCCACCUGUAUUUGACAAAAUCUUCGAUAAGGAAGGCUUAACUCUGGAAGCAGUAAUGGACUGCGAUGACGACGCUGUCUCAGAGCUCAAGUUCUCAAAUAAAAAAUUCUUGGAUUUUCUUGAUAAUGCGAAAAUUGAAAUUUUGAUAGACUACAUGAUUGUCGAACCUCCUGAACAUCUUGACGCCAAACUCAGAUACAAAUAUCCUUACACUGCUUGUGAGCUGCUAGCUUGUGGGUGCCCAGAAAUCAACAACAGAAUAGUAAAUGAAAAUUCACUUUUGGAAAGACUUUAUAAUUACUUAAGCAGCCAAGAAGGACGUAAUAUUACUUCCUUAGGCUAUGUUUGCAAGGUUUUUCAAUCUUUAUUAUCAACAAAAGCUUAUGAAGUACUCAGAUUUCUGCAUGAUGAAGACCGAAUCGACUUGGCAAUCAGACAUUUUUAUAGCAAAAGUGUAGCAGACCUGAUAGGAAGGCUUUUAUCUUGUGAAGAAUACGGAAGCACUGAGUUUCAAGAUGACCUGUUUAGUUUAAUAGAAAAAAUUUUGUUUUGCAUUUCUCCUGAGAAUUCAGUAGAAACUGUAUUCAAUGCAAGCAAUUUGUUGAUAGAGCUACUGUCGAAAAAAAUAGAAAUAAAGAACUGGGGGUAUAUUUUUGGACACUUGCUAGGAGAUCAGUGCAUAGAGUAUGUGUUUAAACAAGUUUUUGAAGGGAAUUUAAUAGUGAAGAAAGAAGCCACGAAGCUAUUGUGUAGUUUGAUUAAUAAUGUGGACAUCCCUGAUCCUGAGCAUAGCGAUGAUGACAGCAGAAUUAUUGAUGAAGAAGAUCAAAAAAUAAUUGUAGAAAUGAUUAUAGCGUCUCCAUGCUUUUAGCCUCCUCUUGUCCCGAUGUCUCCCGAGAACAAUUGGAGAGUUGGUUUGGCCAGCUUAUGUUGGUGAAGCCACCCAUAAAGUGUUAAAUCUACACUAUCUUGAGGAUCUGCCGCUUUGAGGGUUGAUUUCUCCAGCAUAAGCAGGUAAAAACCAAUCCCCGAUUGUCUCGAAAGACAUCGGGACAAGAGGGGCUAAAAGCAUGGAGACGCUAUAAACAUACCGAACAGAUUGAAAGCACUUUAAAAAACCCUGAAGGGACUAUAAAGACUACAUUUAAUGAAGAAAUCCCAAUUGUGGGUGAAGGAAAAAUCAGAAUGAUAGAAAUUUUGGCUGCAGCAAUUAAAAUUCCUAGCCAAAGAUUCAAUACAAUUCUUGCCGAGUCACAGAUUAUUCAAAUUUCCACCGUAAAAUUUACACAGGACUUAAUGUUCCAAAGCUUUUGGAAUUCAUUUUUGCAUCAAGCUUACUGCAAAUUCAUUGCGUCAAUCCUUGAAAGCAAAUCAGAUUCCUUAAAACUCACAGUAAUUUUUAUUUAGCUAUUAUCUCAAGCCCAACUCCCACACAAACUCUAUGAACUAAGCCAAUUCCAAAUAAUUUCUAACCAAAGAUGUGAUAUCCGCAAAGGUCAUUUAGGUUUUGCUACAAAAAUAGGGAACAUAGUCAUUGAAAACUCCUCAUGUACUACCGUUGAUAAUUUUUUGGCAAAAUUAGACGAAUGGAAAAACUUUGUUAAUGAUUUCUUGGUACCUCAAAACAGAUUAGAUUGCCUUGAAUUAGGAGGGAAACCAGCUGAAACAAGGUCUAGAUUUAGCAGUGAACAAGACUAUGACUUGCCAGAAAGCGCUACUUCAAAUGUAGAAGAGACAGAAAAUAAAGAACAAGAAGAAGAAGCUAAAGAGCCUGCGAAAGAGAUAGAAGCAAAUGAACUAUUCGAGAAAAACAACAGAGAAAGAGAUGAAUAUAGCGAUUUUAACUACUGGAAACCUGAAACAAAGGUUAAGGUUGAUGAGCUUGAGGAUCUUUAA